AUGUCGGACGACAAUAUUAGUGGCAAACAUGAAAUAUCUACAGCAGAAAUUCAUCGCUACCAAACUGCGGACAGUGUACUACUUCCAAUCCCACGCGAUGCGUUCGAAAAGCUUUACCUAGCCCCGAAGACGCCAAUUGCGGGUAAGCUACGUUCCACAUUUGGUAACCCGACUCCGAUAUCAUUGAUGGGUUUCUUGCUGGCUGCGAUGCCAACGGCUAUGCUUACCAUGGGUUGGCGAGGUGCAGGUGGAAAUGGUGGUGCAAUCCUUCCGGUUUAUAUCUUCUUCGGUGCAAUGGUACAGAUAUUCGGAGCAAUUGGCGAAUGGAUUCUGGGGAAUACUUUUCCCUGUGCACUGUUUUUCACGUAUGGCACAUUCUGGCUAGUCCAGGGUACUUCACUCAUGCCAUUCUUUGCUGUGGGAACCAACUACUCCCCGACAGGAAAUACCCUAGAGGGCAUAAUGACACCAGAAUAUAAUGCAACUGUCGGCUUGUACUACGUGACCCUCGCAAUCCUCACAUUCGUCUACCUAAUCUGCUCCCUUCGAACAAACGUGUGUCUCUUUCUAGCGCUAUUUCUCCUUGUCAUUACAUUUGGAUUAUUCGCGGGGACAUAUUUCCAACUGGCACUGGGUAAUCUGGAACAAGCUGCGAAAUUGCAAAAGACCGCUGGUGCAACCAACUUUGCACUCUGCAUACCCAUCUUGUAUAUUUUCAUUGCGCAAAUCCUCGACGCGGUUGAUUUCCCUAUCACCUUGCCUGUCGGUGAUCUUAGCACAAUUAUACUUGGCAAGAGUCAGAAAGCGCGCAAGCGCGAGGUUGAGGGUUGA